AUGCCGGAAUUGUUUUUUGCGGCUCGAGUCCUAGAUUGGAGCUCAAUUUUCGGUCCUCCAAAAAGUCAGUCCUGCGCCAAUAUCAUUGCUCCUACAACAACCUCUUUUGCGACUACUUUUUCAAAUCGCGGUUCAAUCGAUGGCUCGUACGCAAAUUUUGACGAUUACGACGCCGAUGCAAAAGAAUAUUCGGUUUCUUCCUCGGGCAACGCUAUAUCUUUGUAUUAUGGAAUCAGUGGCUACGGAACUGGUGGCUACGCUCCGAACACCGAGAAGAGCAAUCGGUUUACUUCGACUUCUGAUGGAAUCACAUUCGACUUUGCCUUCUUUCAAGUCGAUACUGGCGGCGACUUCUUGGUCUUCCGAACACAAGAUGGCCAAAAGUAUUUUUUCACAGGCGACUUGACGGGAACUCGAUUUUCGUUUUCUUCAUCAUACGUCGAUGUUCAUUUCACGACCGAUGGAAACGAUCAAGAGGUUGGAUUUGAUGUUCAAAUCAUUAAUGGAUAUCAAGCGAAUAACGACAUAUCAAAUCUUCAAGUUUAA